AUGGAGCUGGGAUCCUUGUUGGUUUGCCCUUUUAUAUUGUGUCUUGGGCCUCCAGAAGUGUCUUGGCUUCGGUAUGGUGGGCUUGGGGUGAAUCAUAGCUGGGCCUUUGAGCCUGGAGCUGGGCAUUUAAAUAUUCCGCAGGUUCCGAAAGAGGGAGGUGAUCUGGGUCCUGGCUAUCUUCCAAUAGAGCUGCCGAUCGGCAAGGGUACAAGGAAAGGCUAUCUUUGCAGAUUUCGAGGUGCUGGUGUCGAAGGGAGGCAAUUCGAAGGAGAGGGCCUUCAUUUGGUUCUGCUCAACCCUUGCCGAACGGCAAGGGUGGCUCGGGUUCCCAGAGGUGUAGGCAGGGCUGCUCGAGUUUUGAAAGAGGCAGGGCUGCUCGAAUUUUUCAGGUAUGUAAUUUUCGAAGCCAUAUUUCCCUUGCUCAACCCUUGCCGUUCGGCAAGGCCGAGGCACUGGUUUUUGGGUACCCGAGCCUUGGAGAAAAGGGUGCCGUGGAGCUGGGUACUUUCUGGCAAGGCUGAGCCCUUGCCGAAGGGUGGGUUGAGAAACUACAUAGGUGGUGCUCAUUUUUUGUUCGGCAAGUUCUCUUUGGCAAGUGGAGCUGAGUCCUUGGAACCGGGUGUUGGUGACCUUGGCUGGAGCAGGCAAGGGUCUCUCCAGCACCGCGGGCCCCAAUCUCCUUGGUGUUUCAGCUCGGGACCGCUGAGAGCUAGGUUUGCGUUAGGGCCGGGCCUGUUUUGGAGCCGGACCUUCCGACUUGGUGAUUUUAGCAAGGGACCUGAGUCCUUGAGCUCUUUGGUCAAACUUCAGGGCCGGCUCAGUCAAUUUUUCUCAAGGGCUUGGGUUCGUCAAGGUUUGGGCAAGGUGUGA